AUGUUUGUUAUUAUUGGUGUUGUUUGGUCCUUUCAGUCAUGCUUGACUCUUUGAGACCACAUUUGUAGUUUUCUUGACAAAGCAUGCUGGAAUGGUUUGCCAUUUUUUUCUCCAGCUCAUUUUACAGAUGAGGAAACUGAGGCAACAAAGUCAAAUGAUUUGCUCAGGGUCAUACAGCUAGUAUGUGUCUGAGGCUGGUUUUGAACAUGUCUUCCCAACUCUAGGUCCAGAGCUUUGUCAAUUGUGCCACUAUUUGCUGUAAUGACCGCGCAUUUAAAAUCAGCCGGAGUCAGGAAUUCAGGUUAAGGGGAAAAUCUUCAAUCUUUAUUGAAGUAAAGAGGUGAAAAAAGAUUGCGAUAGCAAUAUGGGCAAGAAGGAUUGCGAUAGCAAUAUGGGAAGCUGCGACAGGAAGCCAGCUAGCAGAGAGAGACCUGAGCUGAAAGGCCGUUGCAAUGGCAAUAUGAGCAGCUGUGUCAAAACGCCAGCCAGCAGUCUCUCCUUCCCCUUCCUUUUCCACUCCCCUGCCUCCACCCACCAAAAUCUCCAUUUCCUAUGCAAUACAUCAGGACCUGCACAAAGAGUGGGUGAAGGCCAUUCUUUCUCCAAGCUUAUAUAUUAAUAGAGUAUGGUCCAAUUACUAUGUAGCCUCAUGUGCUUGGGACCUCAGUGCAUCAACUCGAGCUUUAGCCUUUGCCCCUAGUAUUUGAUGAUAGUGCUAAUAUUCUAUUGCUUUCUGAUCUGACAACAGAAAUCCCAGAUGGAUUCUUGCUUGGCUAUUAUGUAGAGUAUCAUGUUAUACACCAUUCUUCUUCAAAAUGUAGCAACAAUAAAUGUUCUGUAGGAACCUGUGGGAAGGGUAGCAUUAAAGAUGUCAGAGGUCCUGAGGCAUUGAGAACUACAGGUUUACCUAUUAGAUGCCAUAAAGUCAGAGAAAAUGUCCAAAGAGACUGUGCUUUCUUUUCAGUUUUUUAUUUUCAGGUUUUCCUAAAAGUACAAAUAAUAUAGUUAGUUGGUCUAUAAGAAAUCCUAGAUAUGCAGUUAGAGCUACCUUUAUACUGGGAAAUUCUUUUGAAUAAAAAGAGUGACAUUUGUUCUAAAGAGGAAUGCAUAGGAAAAUAAAGCAAAAAGUAAAAUCAUUAUUUUAUAUACAUGUCUACAAUCUACUAAAUACCUAAAGUUCUUCAAGCCAUGGCAUAGAAUCAUUGCUUAGUCAUUGUGUAAAAAAAAAAAAAAAAAAAAGAUUUAAAAAAAUUUCGAAAGAUUUAGCAGCCAAUUGGCUAUGGUCUGAUGAGGUAGCAUGCAAAAAUAAGAGUGCCAAUAAGAUUUGGAUGAUAAUUACCUCAGUUUGGAAAAGGAGAAGUUUAGGGAUUAAGAUUAUACAUUUGAUUUGUUGAUUUUAUCUGUGGAACAUCUCCAGUUGAAAAUAUCUAGCAGAUUGUUGAUGAUGUAGAACUGGAAUUUAGGAGAAAAACUAGAUUUAAGUAUCUCAGAUACACACACACAGACACACCUCUCUAUACACAUAUUUCUAUAUAGAAAGUUGGUCACUAACUAACCUCAUAUUGACCAAAUCAAAGGUCUUUGAAGCUAGGAUUUGUCUAGAAUUACUUUGAGGUGGGAGAAAUUUCAACUUAGAAAAGUAGGUUAGAAACUAUUUACAUAAUUCAUAGAUGAGGUUUUAAGAACUUGUAAUAUUCUACAUGUACAAAACCAUACUUUAUACUGCACAAAGCCAUAUUCUUUUAAAUUUUCUUAAGAAGUGAGAUUUCCUUUUACUUCAAUAGAACUAAAUUUGACUAAUUUGUAAUUAAAUGUAAAUACUCAAACUUGGAAAUUUAGCAUGUUCCCAAUUGUACUUAGGGCCAUUGUUACCAUGAAAAAAAUUAUUAUCCCAUUAAAACAGUAUAUUUAAGGAAAACAUUCAUUUUAAUUCAAAAUGAUACCAACAAAUGUUAUAUUUUAUUCUUCAAAAAUCAGCCAAACAUAAAAAAGUCUGAAAACAAUAUCAGCUUAGUUGUAAUGUUUAGGAGAAUGGAGUUGCUUAAUAUUAACAUUGUAUCUGCUUUUAGAUCAACAGUUGACAAUACUUUGGUAAUAUGUUUUGCUUAUUCCAAGUAAAAAAUGCGUAAGAAUCUUUAAAGUGAUCAUAAUUGCUGUACAGCUUUAAAAUUCAGAGAAUUUUUUCUGAAUCCUCCUGGCUCUUCAUCAACUCCAUCUCCUUCUUUUCUUGUUCAAUGGUGUGCUACACCAACUGUAGCACAGAAAGUGGUCAGAAUUGUUGAAGGACAAAAAACCUAAACAAAUCUCCACCCUCCUCUUCCCAAACAUGGAAUUAGCACUACAGAAAGGACUUCAGAUUUGCAAAAUCUGACAAUAUCAGAAAUAUCACUUGUGACCCACUCUCUUUCUCAGUCUUCUCCAUAUUUAAAACAGCUAACAAAAUAGUAUAGGUACUAUCGAGAUGGUUAAAAAAAAAAGGGGGGGAGGGGGACAUUUUAAAGAACACUUAAUUGUUGAUAGAGUUUUCACAUUUAUUCUCACCUUUCUAAAAUGAAUUGUUUUUGUUAAGAGAUGGAUGACAGGGUAGAAAACUGCUUGUUUCCCUGACCCCACCCUUCAUUCCUUAAUCUCAGUGGGAUGUCCUGAAUUCCAAGCGCAGUAACGAGGCAAAGCACCCUUGGUAUGGAAUUAGAAAGUUUUGGCUCGAUUCCUGCUUUUGUCACUGUCAAUGAGGUGAAAUCUUAGACGAGUUAAUUAAAAAUUUCUGGGCCUCAGUUUCCUCAUUCGUAAAAAUAAAGAAGAGGUGCACCAGAUUAGCUUUACAUUCAGGGCGGAUUUAUUGCCCGCUUUAUAGCCAAUAAACGAGAACAUAAGUGGAAGGUCAGAGUGAGUGACAUAGUAGAGGCGACGGCAACAGUAAGAACUGACUACUCCUCUUCCCGCUCAGCACCACCCAAGCGCACGCGCGCGCGCGCUUUUAUAUGAGACCGGAAAGGGGCGGGAAGACGCCGGGGAGGGACGCGCUGACGCCAGGUCGGCGGUGGCCACAGCAGCAUCAGCCGCAGUCCCUGGGACCGCGCGAGCCUCUGUCCUAACCGCUGCGUCAGUGCAGGAGGGAGGGGGGGGGGGGUCCGCGGGGGGUGGGGCGGCGCAGCUGUUUUGAAGUUGAGCUCCGCGCUGUCGCUGGAGCAGCUGCCUCCGCCGACUUCAUGUGAAACUUCUCCUGCUCGCCCCCUCCCUUCCCCCGCCCCUCCCUCCCUUCCCAGUCCCCUCCUCCUCCUCCUCUUGCCUCCUCCUCCCUCUCCUUCUCCUCCCCCUCCCGGCCCCGCGCUGACAGCAGGGCCGGGGGCUCCCCCGCCGGGCUGUCUUUGCCAGGUUGAGGCGGAGGGGCGGGGGGCCACUCAAUCCGAGCCCCCGGAGCCCCCGGCGCUCCCCGGGCCGGGAUGGAGAAGCCUUCGGUGGUGGCGGCGUCCGCAUCGGAGGAGGAGGUGCUGGAGUGGCAAGUGGCGAGCCGAAAGAGGAAGGCCUGGGCCAAGUGCCGGGACUCCUGGCAGGCGUCGGAGACUGAGGAGCUCUCCACAGAAGCCACGCAGGACGACGACGACGAGGACGACCCGGACCUGGCUGGAGAGAAGCUGCCUCCGGUUGCAGAAAGAGGAAAUGUUCCUAAUGAAAAGAUCACUAUAUGGCUCAAAGAUUGUCGAACACCUUUGGGAGCGUCACUAGAUGAACAGAGCAAUAUUACACUCAAGGGUGUGCUUGUGAAAAAUGGAGGAAGUUUUGAAGAUGACCUGUCUUUGGGAGCUGAGGCUAACCAGCUGCAUGAAGGUGAUGCUCAAACUGAACCCUGCAGUAGUGUCUUGGCUAAGGAAAGACGACUCCAGUUUCAUCAGAAGGGGAGAAGUAUGAAUUCUACUGGAUCUGGAAAAAGUAGUGGAACAGUAUCGAGUGUUUCAGAACUGCUGGAACUUUAUGAAGAAGAUCCUGAAGAAAUUCUUUACAAUCUUGGAUUUGGACGAGAUGAACCAGAUAUUGCUUCAAAAAUUCCAUCAAGAUUUUUUAAUUCAUCAUCAUUUGCCAGAGGGAUAGAUAUUAAAGUAUUUUUAAGUGCUCAAAUGCAACGGAUGGAAGUGGAAAACCCAAAUUUUGCUUUAACAAGCCGUUUUCGUCAAAUUGAAGUACUUACCACUGUGGCCAAUGCUUUUUCUUCUUUAUAUUCUCAAGUCUCUGGGACUCCGUUGCAGAGAAUUGGUAGUAUGUCUUCAGUAAUCUCUAACAAGGAGACAGACCCCCCUCCACCUUUAACUCGAAGUAACACUGCAAGUCGCUUAAUGAAAACACUAUCAAAACUGAAUUUAUGUGGGAAUCAGUUAGCAGGAGAAAGUACCUCAUCUCCAACUGCUGAAAAGGGAAAAAUUUCAAAUGUUCCAUGGACUGAAGAAAAUGGCACUAAAAGUGAUCAAAAAUCACCCAAAAACAUAAAAAAGAAAGAUAGUUCACCUUUAUUGGCUACAGUGAAAGAAGAAGGAUCUGCUAAUUCAACAAAUAUGGGCAGUGUAAACAUUGAAAGACUUUCUGAUGAAGUAACUAGUAAUUUAAACCAAGAAAUAGAAGAUGAUCAAAAUAAAGAGUCCCAAAGUCAUGAAACUAGACAAGGUGAAAAAUCUGGCAAAAUAGAUUCUAAUUUUAGUAAUGACUCCAAUAUGUCUACCAGUAGUGAGAUAGAAAGCACCAAUGAAGUGAAAAAUAUGCAUACAUCCACAUCAGAUAAAGAACCAUGUGUACCAAUACCAAACCCAUCCAUAAAGAACAUAAUGAUAUCUCAAAAGGACUCCUUUGAGAUGGAAGAGGUUCAAAGUACAGAGGGAGAAACCCCACAUAUUUCAGCCACAUGCCAGCUGGGUCUUACCAAAUUAAAAAGAGAUCAGCUAUUGCGUAGUGCAAGUCAGCAUUCUGAUAGCAGUGGUUUUGCUGAAGAUUCUUCUACAGAUUGCCUUUCACUUAAUCACCUUCAGGUUCAUGAACCUCUGCAAGCUAUGGGAAGCAGUGCUGAUAGCUGUGAUAGUGAGACAACAGUUACAUCACUUGGUGAAGACCUUAUAACACCAUCUGCAAAAGACCAACCUUACUUUAAUGACUCUGAGGAAGAAUCUCUCAUGCAUCUUCAAGAAAGGAAAGAGAAAAUUGAAACAACUGUUGAAGAGAUAAAGUUAGAUAAUCAGAACCUCCUGAUAUGUGAGAAUAUACAGAGUAAAGGAAGUAAACAGAUUGUCCCUAAUCAAAGUGGUCAUGUUACUGAAAGUGAAGAUGAUUUACCUCCAGGAGAGUCACUUACCUUACUGCGGGCAGCAAGUGCUGAAAGUGACGUAGAUAAAAAUAAUGACUAUGAAUUUACCCAGUACACAACACACCACAUUCUUAAAUCACUGGCUUCUAUUGAGGGCAAAUUUGAUCAUCUGAGCUCUGAAAAAAAUAUUGGCUCUCCUUCUUCAAUUGAUAGAGUUAAUGUGGCUUUACAAAGGGCUCAAAUGAAAGUCUGUAAUCUUUCUGAUCCCAGAGUAGGACGUAGCUUGAUAAAAUCCAAAGAUUUGUUAAAACAAAGGUACCUAUUUGCAAAGUCUGGGUAUCCCCUAAGAAGAUCUCAGUCUUUACCUACCACCUUAUUGAGUCCUGUAACGGUUGUGUCUUCUGUAAAUGUCCGAUUGUCUCCAGGAAAAGAGAGUAGGUGUAGUCCACCUUCUUUCACCUUUAAAUAUACACCUGAAGAGGAACAGGAAUUAGAAAAUGAGAUAGUUGAACAAGAUAGCCACUCUCUAGUUAAAUCUACUCUCUUCAUUUCUCCAUCUGUGAAAAAGGAAACUUCACAGUGUGAGAUGAACAAGCUGAUGGAGGAAUCAAAUCAUAGUAGGACUUGUAAUCAUUUGUAUAUCCCAGCCCCAAUCUCACAAUCUACCUGUUCACUUCAUUCUGUCCAUUCUGACUGGCAAGAAAGGCCUCUAUGUGAACACAUGAGAACACUUAGUACUCACAGUGUUCCAAACAUGUCAGGUACAUCCUGUUGUGCCAUAGGCCCUCCUUUGGUUUGCCCAUAUUCACACAGACUUAGUAAUUAUUCAUAUCGUUCAUGUUCUGUGAAUCCUCCUUCUGCCAUUGAAAUGCAGUUGCGGAGAGUACUACAUGAUAUCAGAAAUUCACUGCAGAAUCUUUCUCAGUAUCCAGUGAUGAGAGGGCAUGAUCUUGCUGCUUCCACCCCAUAUGCUACUCAGAGAUCAUCUAUUCUACCUCUUUAUGAAAAUACUUUUCAGGAAUUACAAGUAAUGAGGCGAAGUCUGAAUUUAUUCAGAACACAAAUGAUGGAUUUGGAACUGGCGAUGUUACGUCAACAAACUAUGGUUUACCAGCAUAUGACUGAAGAAGAGAGAUAUGAAGUUGAUCAGCUUCAGAGUUUGAGGAAUUCAGUCAGAAUGGAACUUCAGGAGCUAGAACUACAGCUGGAAGAACGUUUACUUGGUCUGGAAGAGCAGCUUCGUAAUUUGCAUGUCACUUCUCCUUAUCGUUCUCCAACACUCAUGGGAAUGUAUGGAAGUAGAAGUGCUGAUAAUUUGUCAUGCCCUUCUCCAUUGAAUGUAAUGGAACCAGUCACUGAACUGAUGCAAGAGCAGUCAUAUUUGAAGUCUGAAUUGGGGCUAGGGCUUGGAGAAUUGAGUUUUGAAAUUCCUCCUGCAGAAAGUUCAGAAUCAGUUUUCUCCCAAGCCACAUCAGAUUCUUCCUCUGUGUGUUCUGGUCCCUCUCGUGCAAAUCGGAAAACUGGAGUAAUUUCUACUGAUUCAGCUAACAAGGCCAAGACUCAUUUGCCAAGCAAGAAGGUAUUUCGAGCUUCUGUGGCCUUAACACCAACUGCUCCUUCUAGAAUGGGCUCAGUGCAGACCCCUCCAGCUCCUGAAAAUUCUGAGGAAAUUGGAGUAGCUGAGGAAGCUAUAGAGUCUGUGGAACCUAAAUCUGAAAUGGAACAAAAACUUGAAAAUGUGCCAGUGCUACCAGCUUCUGAGGAAAGUCAAAAAAAUGUAGAACAUGAUGAAUUACAGCAAGUCAUACGAGAGAUUAAAGAAUCUAUUGCUGGGGAAAUCAGACGUGAAAUUGUCAGUGGACUUUUAGCAGCAGUAUCUUCCUCAAGUAGGACUGCUAGUUCUAGACAAAAUAAAUAGCCAUGAAUGGAUAUUAUAGGUUGAUGUGGACCAGAUUAACUAUGGACUUUUAGAAUUAUGAUGGUGUACACUGGUGGAGGUGUCAAGUUAUCUUUUACUUGUACUUCAAGAGACACUAUUGCUGCUGAGAUGGGCUACUGUAUACAAUGUACAAUGUUAUUCUUCUAUGCAUAUCUUUUAUUUUUUUAACCAUCCAUAGAAAUUUAGGCACUUUGUAGAAAUAUGGCUUUUCUAAACUAUCAAGACUCUGGCAAUUUUAAAAACAAAACCUAAUAUUUAUUUGUAUGUCUAUUUUCCAUUUGUUUCCUGUGUAGAAUUAUAUUUUCAAACUUGAAGACUUCCAGACUUAGCAGACUUAUAAAUAACAUAUUUCUUUUGUCUAGCUUCUUAAAACACUGACCUCUGUGAGGUAUUUACUGUGCAAUAACUGAUUCAUUUUGAGAGCUUGAAACAACCAAUGAUUUUUUUCCACUGCUGUUACUUAUUGCCACUCCCAAGAAAAGAAGAUAUUCUUUUGUAAAAAUUGCUAUGAAAUCUUGGGGAAGUUACCAGUAACAGUGUGUUUAGAAUUAAGGAAAUAACCUAAAACUACUUAAAGUUCUUACACUGUAAGCCUUAUCUCUGCACAAAACAAUUAAGCCUAAUUUUAUUAUGCUUACAUGUAUUCUUUUUUUAAAUGUGCCUUAUUUUCAACACUAUGCAUUUUUUUUUUUUGCAUUGGCCAUAGUAUUGUAUUAUGUUAAGAAAAGUUUCCUUUUCUUUGAAACAAAAUAAAUCAAUGUUAUUAAAAUCAUGAUACUGGUGACAUAAAAUAGAAAUGGAUGGAGAAAAAAUUAUUUUGUGGAAAAAUGAAAGUAAUUAAGUUUUUUUUUUUUUAAUUUUCUGCCCCACAAAUGAUUUUAUUUCAAUCUUUAACCACCAAAAACAUGUUCCAGUGGGGGGAAAAUGAAAUAAAAAGGGGUGGGGCUACUGUUUGGUUUGGUAUGUGGUCAAAUAGAUGUGUAAAAUAGCAUGUGAACAUUUGUUGGAAUUCUCCUGUGUUUAUAACUUCCAACUUCUAUUAAAUUUUUUGAGUUUAAAUUCUUAAUUAAAAAAUAGCCAAGAUAAUAAUAUUCUUUUAAAAAUACAUCUAAAAGGUUUAUAAAUGUUUGGAUUAUUACACAGGCUGAUUUCUUUUAAAAAAAUUAAAACAAUAAAGUAUUUAUUUUGCCUAA